AUGGCUGAGGUAGCUCCGCGAGAGGUCACACCUCCUCCAUUACAGGCACCCUCAGCCAAAGAACGAAAAUACGAUAGACAACUCCGACUCUGGGCUGCUGCUGGUCAGAAAGCUCUAGAGGAAUCUCACGUUCUCUUGGUUGUUGGUAAUUCGAGUGGCUCAAACAGCAGUGUCGCGGGUAUCGAAACUCUCAAGAACCUGAUCCUCCCGAGCAUUGGUCACUUUACCAUCGCAGACCCAGCAACUGUGACAGAAUCUGAUCUAGGCAUGAACUUCUUUCUAGAGCAGACGAGCCUGGGAAAAUCAAGAGCAGAAGAAACUACCAAAUAUUUGCAAGAGCUGAACCCAGAUGUUGAAGGCCAUUACAUCGCAAAGCCUCUAAGACAAUGGCUGUACCAGACAGAUUCACUCCUGCAAUACAACCUGAUCCUGAUAUGUGCUCCUUUACCGCUUGACCACCUGCAAGCGUUUUCCAGUUAUGCUUUGGCACAGUCAAUCCCUCUUGUGUACAUCAAAUCCAGUGGAUUUUAUUUCACUGCCUCCGUGCAAUUACCCGCUGAGUUUCCGAUUGUCGAUACGCACCCAGACCCAGACACGAUUCAAGACCUGCGACUGCUGGCACCAUGGACCGAAUUACAGGCAGCAGAGAAAGAGCUUGGAGAUUUGACAAGGCUGUCCGACCACGAUCAUGGCCAUGUCCCUUGGCUGUUAAUCUUGCUUCACUACCUGGAGGAGUGGAAGCAGGCUCAUAACAGCGAGUAUCCUUCGUCUUUUGCUGAGAAAAAGCAAUUCCAGAGCCUUGUAGCCUCCAAGGCGCGUACCGCCAAUCCCGAGGGUGGUGAGGAGAAUUUUGAUGAGGCUGUGGCUGCUGUCCUCAAAUCAAUAAGUCCCCCGUCGGUUGGUAGCGGCUGUCGAGAGAUGUUUGCAAUGCCUUCCUGCACGAACUUGACGCAGUCCUCGGCCAACUUCUGGGUCAUCGCCAAUGCCAUCAAGCAAUUCUAUAGCAAGCACUCCGUCCUACCACUGCCAGGGACCCUACCUGAUAUGAAGGCCACUUCCGCCGGAUACAUAAAACUUCAGAUUAUUUACAAGAACAAGGCUCGCAGCGAUAUAGCUGAAGUUACAGACAACGUCCGCAAGCUCGAGGCUUCCCUGAACAGAUCUGCUUCGUCACCAAUUGCAAACUCUGAGGUUGAACAAUUCUGCAAGAAUGCCUCCUUCGUCCGUGUACUUACCAAUCCCUCUAACCUGCCGCUUCCCGAGCUUCGCUUUCUCCAGUCUGAUACGAAAACCCUCUCCAAGCUACCCGUUAUCCUUACAGCAUACCAAACUAUCUCCGAGGUCUUUGUUGCACUCAACGUUGAUGCUAUACCAUCUGAUAGCCUUCUUGAACUAAGACAAUUAGUCGAUGAGAUUGAAGGCUGCACGCUGGAAGAACGCAUCAAUAAAGCUAUCGAAGAAGUAAGAAGAUGCGAAGGAUCAGAAUUGCACAAUACAAGCAGUAUAGCUGGUGGAGUGAUCGCACAGGAAGCAAUCAAGCUUCUGACGAGACAGUACGUUCCUGUCGAUGGUGUCGUCAUUUGGGACGGUAUUCGAGCUAAAACUGAAAUUGUCAAGAUCUGA